CGCAUGCGUUUGGCGCUUAGCUCAAUAAGCUAAAAGCAUUGUUUUAAAACCAAAAUGUCAGAGAAAACAGAGGUGGAUUUAACUGGUGCCAAGCUAAACACCGGCGUGUGGCUUGUAAAGGUGCCCAAAUACCUGUCUCAGCAAUGGGCAAAAGCGACUGGCAGAGGCGAGGUUGGAAAACUCAGAAUCUGCAAGAAAGGAAACCAAGGAAAGACAGAGGUGUCUUUCACUUUGAAUGAAGAGCUUACUGUGAUUGAGGGUAUAGAGGACAAAACCGUUUCUGCGCCUCGUGAGCACCCAUUCACCAUGCAGACAGUGGGAGGUCAGACAUUGGCGGUCUUCACCGAGACGUCGUCAGGCCAGUCAGAAGAAAGAUCUGAUGGCAGCAGCUCAGGUUCGGGGGCAGGGGCAGGUCCAGAUAAAAUAGCCUUGGAGGGAGUGGUAGUGCAGAGAGCCGAGUGCAGACCUGCUGCUAGUGAAAGCUACAUGAGGCUGAAGAGGUUACAAAUUGAAGAGUCCACCAAGCCUAUUAGGCUGUCACAGCAGUUGGAUAAAGCUGUCACCAGUAACUACAAACCUGUGGCUAACCAUGAAAACAAUCUUGAGUAUGAGAGGAGAAAGAAGGAGGAGGGCAAGAGAGCAAGAGCUGACAAGCAGCAGGUGUUGGACAUGUUGUUUUCUGCUUUUGAGAAGCACCAGUACUACAACAUCAAAGACCUAGUGGAUAUCACCAAACAGCCUGUGAUUUACCUGAAGGAAAUCUUGCGUGACAUCGGCAUCUACAAUGUGAAGGGAACACACAAGAACACAUGGGAGCUCAAGCCAGAGUACCGACAUUACCAAGGCGACGAAAAGACUGACGAAUAGAGCGAAGCACCACCAACACUUUGAUGGGUUUCCUUCCCUGAGCAGGCCUCGGUUGGACCGUGGAGCUCAUAGCUGACUUCCUCACAUCAGGUCUCAAAACACACUGGAUUAUGAGGUCAAGGGUUGAGACUUACAGGAAGAAGUUGUAUCUCCUCGUUACCUUGUAGGAGAUAACGGGGCAUUAGAGAACUAAUUGAGGUUUUACUCAAAGUGUGCACCAUCUCUCCCUGAUAUGGUCUUUGUCACACCCCUGAGAUAAAAGCCGCUCACAGUAUUUGGUAACUUUUUUGUCCAUCAGAGGAAAAGGAUUUAAAAUUUUAGGAAGCUAAGUAUGCAUUUAUGAACCAUUGGUUCUUGAAUUAUUUUUUAAUGUUUUGAGACAAGUAUAUCUGAAGUCAAAAGGUUUCAUGUUUAAAGAAUAAGCCUACAGGAGGAUGUCUCACAGGUGAUAGCUCCCACCACUAAUUUUUAUGUAACAAGGCAGUUCUUCUUGUAGAUGUAGGACUUGAUUUUUUUUUUUGUACUUUUGAAAAAGAAAAAAGUGGGAGACAAAUUCAGUCUGUGCUUAUGUGAACAGAAAACCGCUACCUUUGCUGUUUUAAGGGUCCUUAGUUACUUCAGCAUGUCUUCACUGUAUUUUUAAAGUGUUUCACAUUGGAAUAACUAAAUUUGUUUUACACUUUUUAAAAUGCAAAUA